AUGCCACUGCGUGUUGUCCCCAGUCGACUUGAGAUCUCGUCACAACUGCAGCUGGCUGUCGAUAAGGUGGCAGUAUGUUGGAAGGCUGAGGAAUCAAUGGCGCAAUUCAAAAUUGCUCUGGCCACACUAGACGGUAACUCGCUAUCCACGGAUACGACGGAUAAAAGACGUGAUCCCAACACCAGCUCGCCUUGUACUGUCUACGGGUACACACCUUCUGCAAAUGAGGAACCACUGACGACUACAUUGUCUCUGAGCGUCGAGGGCAUUUCGUCGAACUCGCUGGUGGUUGGAAGCAGUCGUGGAUCGGUGUGGUUGCUUUCAUUGGAUUACAACGACACAGUCAUCUACACCUCUCCGACUGUAAUUCGUCAAUCAGAUGAAGUGGAGCAUCCUGCCACGCAGAUAGAAUACGACUUGAUGCAAAACGCCAUUUAUGUGGUGCUUUAUGACAAAGGGAUCGCUCGCUGCACACUGGAGAACCCUUCUUGUUUUCUUCUGCCGAACUCCGAUUCACUGAAUCCAAUUCGUACAGUGGCUGUUGACAGUAUAAAUGGGUAA